AUUUCACCCGUCAAUUAUUUCGUCGCUCCCAGUUCUCUAACUAUUAAUUUUAAUCUCCUGUUUCCUCUUAUUUCCGUGUAUUUUGCUUGAUUGUGGGUGUUGCGCCGGCCGGUGACGGCGGUCAGGCUCUCGGGGACCCAAGUACUCGAUUUUUGCAAGUGCGAAUUUGCAGAAAAUUAUCUACCCCUUUUAUCACCGGGCUGUCUGAAAAGUAUCAGUUACAUGCUCUCUUAAUUAAUUAUCCGUGAUUUAGCUCUUGUGUGUGUAUCUAAGACCUUCCUUAGAGUCUAUUUUGAAAGAAAUCUGUUAACCGUAAAGCAUUUUACCGUCGCUUUGUGCACAUGUAUCAUAUCGGUUGUGAUAGCGAAAAUUACAUUUUAGCGAUGGAACUGGUUUAUCCAACCUAUCGCCUAUGUGUUUGUUUGUGUUCAUUCGUCAAAUAUUACUGAUGAAUUUUCUCGAGGAGUUUUAUUUUCUUGGCCCAAUUAAGUGUUCUCGUUCGACUUACGGUACUUCUCUUGUGAGCCAUGGCAGAAGGAAAUGGGGAGGUGGUCGAUGACAAGCCGUGUGUCAAAGCCGAGCCCCAUGUUGUAAGGACUGAAGACUAUCGUAAAUUGAUAGACUACGGGCUAAACGAAAAGGUUGCGGGGAAAUUGGACGAAAUUUACAAAACAGGUAAACUUGUCCAUGCCGAUUUGGAUGAACGAGCUUUAGACGCCCUAAAAGAAUUCCCAGCUAAUGAUGCAUUAAAUGUUUUAUCACAAUUCUUGGAAUCAAAUUUAGAACACGUAUCAAAUAAAUCAGCAUACCUUUGUGGUAUUAUGAAAACUUACAGGCAACAAAAAGGUAGAGGCGGCUCUGGCAUUUCAGCAGCUAACUCAGUCGGAUCUGCGACCAAAGGUCCUGACGACGAAAAAAUUAAGGCUAUUUUAGAACGAACGAAUUAUUCAUUAGAUGUAACGACUGGUCAAAGAAAAUAUGGGGGACCCCCUCCAAAUUGGGAAGGUCCUCCUCCAGGCAACGGCUGUGAGGUUUUUUGUGGCAAAAUUCCUAGGGAUAUUUUUGAAGAUGAAUUAAUUAUACUUUUUGAAAAAAGUGGUACUAUUUGGGAUCUAAGGCUGAUGAUGGAUCCUUUGACAGGAACAAACCGGGGCUAUGCAUUUAUCACGUACACUAAUAGAGAAGAAGCUGCCAAAGCUGUAAAAGAUCUCGAUAAUCAUGAAAUCAGACCCGGAAAGAAUCUAAAGGUUAACAUUAGCGUCCCGAAUCUACGACUUUUUGUUGGCAACAUUCCUAAAUCUAAAGGCAAAGAGGAGAUACUGGAAGAAUUUGGUAAAUUAACAGCGGGACUGACGGAAGUAAUCAUCUACAGUUCGCCAGACGAUAAGAAGAAAAAUCGAGGUUUCUGCUUCCUUGAAUAUGAGUCGCACAAAGCAGCCUCUUUAGCAAAACGAAGACUCAGUACAGGUCGAAUCAAAGUAUGGGGCUGUGACAUCAUUGUGGACUGGGCAGAUCCACAAGAAGAGCCAGACUCAGAAACUAUGUCCAAAGUAAAAGUGCUUUAUGUAAGAAAUUUAACACAUGAUUGCUCAGAAGAUAAACUAAAAGCAACUUUUGAGAACUUUGGGAAAGUUGAUAGGGUAAAGAAAAUAAAAGACUACGCAUUUAUUCAUUUUGAAGACCGGGAUGCUGCAGUUAAUGCAAUGAACGAUUUAAAUGGUAAAGACAUAAAUGGAACAUCAAUCGAAGUUUCAUUAGCCAAACCUCCGUCCGAUAAGAAGAAGAAAGAAGAAAUUUUAAGGGCUAGAGAAAAAAGGAUGAUGCAAAUGAUGCAGUUCAGAGGAAUUGGUUAUGCCCCUCAACACCCAAGUAUGUUAGGCCCAAGAGGAUCAUCAGUCACGAGAGGUGGCAGUAGUUCUUUAAGAGCAAUGGGACGAGGAGAUUAUGAUUAUGGUUGUUACGACUAUUACGGGUAUGGGGAUUAUCGAGGUGGCUACAAUGAACCAUAUUAUGAUGAAGGUUACCGUUAUGAAGAAGUUUAUUACGAUUAUGCGCCACCUCCACCUCCACCACCCACCCGCGGGAGAGGCAGACAAUCACAGCUGGCUGGCCGUGGGCGUGGAGCGGCAGCACGUGGCCGAACCGGUGGGCCAACGGCGCGUGGCGCACAGCGGGGACGAGCGGCAACAUCCGGGGGCCGUGGGGGACCUCGACUUCCCGUACGUGGGGGUUCCCGCCACGCCAAAGCAAAUUCUCCAGCAGGUAAGCGCAAAUAUGACGGUGGGAACCAGAACUCGGGGGAAACAAAACGGAGGUACCAGAGUAGCUGGGGGAGUCAGCCGCUGGCCCAGCAACCGUUGAACUGUACCACUGGUUAUGGGAGCAUGAGCAAUGGAGGUGGUGGAGGCUACGGUAGCAAUGUUGAUCAUCAUCAAUGGUAUCAAGACUCAUACCAAUGAAACAUCCAUCUUCCAUCUCAUCGACACUCGCCACUAGUUAACUACAUAAACUAAUCGUGGUUUUUUUCCUUUUUUAAUUUAUUUUAAAUUGAAUUAUAUUUGUUCAAAAAUUUGUUGAAAAAAUUAUUGAUGUUUUAAUUUUGUUAAAAAAAUAAAUAAAGAAAAAAAGAAUAGAAAUUAUUUUUGAGAUCGACGAAUCCACAAAUAUUUAUUAUAAAUUUAGUUUUGAACUAUUUGCUAAGUCCGUACGGAUGAAAAAAUUUUAGCCUAUAUUUACUCUCCCAAAUCUUGUUCAUUCAAAAUGAAGUAAAAUCUUUUUAUUUGUUUAUUUAUUUUUUAUUAUUUUCGGUGACUCAUGAUCCUCCCCUGCUCUGAAGGCAGCACUGCAUAUAUUUAUAGGGGGUUGACCUUAGGCAAAUGUUCAUGUCAGAUCGCUUAUGUUAAACAAGUGUCAUUUUGUAUUAUUUUUGUAUGUUGAAACUGUUUGGUUAUUGGCUUAAUUUCGUUGGUUUCUUGUUAUGUUUGAGACCAUUACAACCUUUGUUUAUCUUUAAAUUUUUCUCUUUAUUUAUUUUUUUUUAUCUUGUAACAUAAUGGAGGAAAAAAUGUUUCAUAACUAUGUGACGACCAAGUUAGUGUUUGACGCUCUGUGUAACAUUCAAAUUACAUUGAUGUGUCAUCUUCAAAAAAUGUUACUUUUGAGACUAAUGUCUCUAAAUGCUAUCUAAUAGGACUGCUGAAUGUGAUUUUGAAUGUUUACAUGUAUACUCUACAUGUCAUUUGUUACAUUUAUGUUUUAAGUUAUAUUUUUGUUUGCAAUUAUUUUAUUAUAAUUUUUUGAGCUUUUCAAAAAGCUCACAAUUUUUUCUUUUAAUUUAUUGAUAUAUAGAAUUUUGAAUGGAAGAAGUUCCGCCCCCCUCCCCCUCCAUUUAAUCCAAAAACCUAGAAAAAAAAUGUUCAAAGUGUAUUUAGAAAAGAAAAAUAAGAAAAUAAAUUAAAAAAAAUAAAAAAAUGAAAAAAAAAUAAGAAUUAUAAAUGCAUACUUUUUAUACAAAAAGUUUGUUUUGCUUGUUGCUUUUUAUUUCCUGCUUUAUACAAAUUCUCAGCAUUAAUUUUAGUGUGACUUAGUUUUACGACUGAAACAGAACUUAUUGAUCUAUAAAUUUGAACCACGUAGUAAUGUUUCUUGAGUAACUUAAGCAUUUAUUAUUACUCGAUCAAUAUAAUUAAUUUAAUUAUGCAAUCAGCCUGAUGUAUGAAUUUUAUCUCAAUAAUAAACAGUUAUAUUAUGUGAAAAGUC